AUGAGUGAAACACAGAAACGCCUAGUCGUUGUCGGACUGGGCAUGGUGGGUAUUGCUUUCAUAGAAAAGCUGCUCAAGUACGAUGCCACAGCAAAGGAAUACUCCGUCACUGUUCUUGGAGAGGAGCCAUAUCUCGCCUACAACCGAGUAGGACUCACAAGUUUCUUUGAGCACCGGAAGAUUGAGAACUUGUACAUGAACCCGGCAGAAUGGUAUACCGAGGCAGAGGGAUCUCUCAACUACCACGUCAACACCAGAGCUACUAGCAUCAACACGGACGAAAAGACGGUCGAGUGUGCUAAUGGCGAGACAUACCCCUACGACAUCCUGGUCCUGGCCACCGGCUCCGAUGCUAUCCUUCCUCGAGGCCUUCCUGGCCAUGACGCCAACGGUGUUUUUGUCUACCGCACAAUCGACGAUCUCAAGAAGCUCAUCGAGUUUGCCGACUCCAAGCGUGGCACCAAUGGUGUGGUCGUUGGUGGCGGUCUGCUCGGCCUCGAGGCUGCCAAGGCCAUGUUGGACCUAGAGCGAUUCAACAGGAUCAGGUUGCUUGAGAAGGCACCCUAUGUCCUGAGCAGACAGCUCGACGACGUUGCUGGCAAGAUGGUGGUGGACCAAGUAUCCCAGCUCGGUGUCGACGUCAUGCUGGGCAAGGGUGUUUCCAGAAUCAAGACUGAUGAGGAAAACAACCUCACCGGUGUGGUGUUUGAAGAUGCCCAGGAGAUUGAUUGCUCAACGCUAUGCUUUGCCGUCGGUGUGAAGCCCAGAGACGACCUUGCCAGAGUAUCUGGACUUGAGGUCGGCCAGCGAGGUGGUAUCGUCGUCAACGAUGACCUGAGAACAAGCAUGCCAGAUAUCUACGCCAUUGGAGAGUGUGCCAGCUGGAGGGGAAUGGCCUACGGUCUUAUCGGCCCUGGUGUCGAGAUGGCAGAGGUUCUCGCCUUCAACCUCACACAGGCGAAGCUUCACUCACCCCGAACAUUCAAGCGCCCCGACCUGAGCACGAAACUCAAGCUUCUCGGUGUCAACGUCGCCAGCUUCGGUGACUGCUUCGCCGACCGUGAUGGUCCUGCAUCUCUUCCGCCAAAGUUCGCCAAGAACCUGCAAAACGGCGACGUCUCUUCGACCAAGUCGGUGCAGGCCUUGACAUACAAGGACCCUUUCCUCAACAUCUACAAAAAGUACAUCUUCACCAAAGAUGGCAAAUACCUCCUCGGAGGUAUGAUGCUGGGCGACGUCAACGACUACGUCAAGCUCGUGCCCAUGGUCAAGUCCAUGAAGGAGCUUGAUGUCCCCCCAAGCGAGCUCAUCCUUGGUGCAAAGAAGGACGACGACGGCGGCGACGACCUCCCCGAUGAUGCGCAGGUGUGUUCAUGUCACAACGUGACAAAGGGUGAUAUCGUCAAGGUCGUCAAGGACGGCACAUGCAAGGAUGUCACGAGCCUCAAGAAGUGCACAAAGGCCGGUACAGGCUGCGGUGGUUGCGUGCCUCUCGUCACCACCAUCUUCAACCAGACCAUGGCAUCCAUGGGCAACGAGGUGACAAACUACCUCUGCCCUCACUUCAACUACUCCCGCGUGGACCUGUUCAACAUUGUCAUGGUCAAGCGCCUCAAGUCGCUGCCAGAGGUGAUGCGCGAGGUCGGCAACGACAAGACCAGCGUCGGCUGCGAGCUGUGCAAGCCCGCCGUGGCGAGCAUCAUGGCCUCGCUCUGGAACAGGCACGUCAUGGACAAGACCACCUACGGUCUACAAGACACCAACGACCGCUUCCUGGGCAACAUCCAGCGUGACGGCACAUACUCCGUCGUGCCUCGUGUGUCAGGUGGAGAGAUCACUCCUGAGAAGCUGGUCGCUCUUGGUGAGGUGGCUAGGAAGUACAACCUCUACACCAAGAUCACGGGUGGUCAGCGUAUCGAUUUGUUUGGAGCCAAGAAGCAGGAUCUCCUCGACAUCUGGGGUCAGCUUGUCGCCGCAGGCAUGGAGUCUGGCCACGCCUACGCCAAGUCCCUGCGUACCGUCAAGAGCUGCGUCGGCUCAACAUGGUGCCGAUUCGGUAUUGGUGAUAGUGUUGGCAUGGCCAUUCGUCUCGAGGAGAGGUACAAGAGUGUACGAGCACCACACAAGAUCAAGGGUGGUGUAAGUGGUUGUGUGCGUGAGUGUGCUGAAGCCCAAAGCAAAGAUUUCGGCUUGAUCGCCACUGAAAAGGGCUUCAACAUCUUUGUUGGCGGCAACGGAGGUGCAAAGCCUCGCCAUGCCGAGCUGCUGGCAAAGGAUGUGCCUCCCGCCGAGGUGGUUCCCAUCCUGGACCGAUACCUCAUGUUCUACAUCCGCACAGCAGACAAGCUCCAGCGCACGGCACGCUGGAUCGAGAACCUCCCUGGUGGUCUCAAGUACCUCCAGGAAGUCAUCCUCGACGACAAGCUGGGCAUCUGUGCUUCGCUCGAGGCCCAGAUGCAGGAGCUUGUCGACAGCUUCUUUGACGAGUGGGCUGAGGCCAUCCGCACGCCUGCCAUCGCCGCCAAGUUCCGGCAGUUCAACAACACGGCCGAGACGACGCCCAACAUGGAGGUCGAGUCGGAUCGCGGGCAGAAGCGGCCCGCGUUCUGGGUGGGCGACGCCGCCACUGACGACUUCCAGGGCCUCAAGGACAAGUGGUCCAUGACGGCGUGGGAGCCCAUCAUCGAGACGUCCUACUUUGACGGCGCUGAUGAACUGCCCAAUGGCAUAUCCGCCACCAUCAAGCGCGGCGACACUCAGCUGGCUGUAUGGCGCAUCCAGGGCGUAUACUACGCCACGCAGCAAAUGUGUCCUCACAAGCGUGCCUUUAUCCUCUCCGACGGUCUCGUCGGCCAGGAGCCCUGCGACAAGAAAAAGUCCUCCGACGCCCCUGAGGAUACCAAGACCUCACCCUGGGUUUCGUGUCCGCACCACAAGCGCAACUUUGACCUCGGCAACGGCUCCUGCAAGACGGACGAGAAGCUCUCCAUUGCCACGUUCCCCACUGAAGCCCGUCCCGAUGGCAUGCUGUACCUCAAGCUCCCUCCUGUCGAAGAGCUCGACGCCGCGCUGGGCACAAAGAAGUGGAUGGUCAAGAAGGGAGAGGCUGGCGAGGCGCCGCUGGCCGAGCUGGACCGACGCAUCAAGUUUGUUGGUCUGCGCGGCAAGAAGCCAGGCGUGAGGCCGACGGCUGGUGGCAAGAUGUCGACCAAGCCCCUGGAGCUGAUGGCUGGCGCCAAUGGCUGUGGAGGCGGUGCACCAGAAUGGUAA